GGUAUCGCCUAAAACCGGAGCGUUGUGCAUCUCCCCACUCAUCUCUGGUCGUGUUCAUGUCAUAAGUUGUAUACAUUAUUACUAUUGAGGAAAUUUCUAAUUAAAAAUCUGUAUCAGAUUGUAAAGUGGUAUUUAACUUUGUCGCUUACUGAAGAUGGAUUUUCAAAAUCGACCUGGAGGAAAGACAGGAGGCGGCGGCGUCGCAUCCUGGUCGGAGAAUAACCGUGAUCGUCGAGAACGCUUGCGACAACUUGCUCUGGAAACUAUUGAUUUGAAUAAGGAUCCCUACUUUAUGAAAAAUCAUUUAGGAUCUUAUGAGUGUAAAUUAUGUUUAACCCUACACAACAAUGAAGGCAGUUACCUUGCUCACACUCAAGGUAAAAAACAUCAAGCCAAUUUAGCGAGGAGAGCUGCGAAGGAAGCUAAGGAAGCUCCGCAAACACUUGCUCCUGAAAAACCCAGAGUAGAGCCUAAGAAGUUUGUUAAAAUUGGAAGACCAGGAUAUCGUGUAACAAAACAGAGAGACCCUGAGUCUGGACAGCAGAGUUUAUUGUUUCAAGUAGACUAUCCGGAAGUUGCAGAUAGUGUAAUUCCAAGGCAUAGAUUUAUGUCUGCCUACGAACAACGUGUUGAGCCUCCAGAUCGUAAAUGGCAAUACUUAUUGUUUGCUGCUGAACCAUAUGAAACUAUUGCUUUCAAGGUACCUAGUAGAGAAGUAGAAAAGGCGGAGGGUAAAUUCUGGACACAUUGGAACAAAGAUACUAAACAGUUCUUUUUACAAUUUGCAUUUAAAAAUGAAAAACCAUCUAUUGGAAAGGUUCCUCCACCUCCUGUUCCUCUGAUUAGACCAGGACUUGCACCACCAAUGAUGCCAGUUCCUCCACCACCUCGACCACCCAUGUUUAAUCCUGUACCUCCUCCACCAGCACUUUUAGCUAAUGGAAUGCAAAUACCUCCUCCUCCACCACACUUAGCUUAAUUGAUACAUCUCUUAAAAUAUAAAACUUCAUUUAUAUUCUAUCUGAAACUUUGUCUAUAAGCAAAUAAAGUACUCUUAUACAAAUUGAA